AUGAGCAACAGCAGCUGUGGCUUCUCAGUGGCAGUGGAGAACCCUAUCGCUCCUCCUCCUGUGAUGUCUUCUGCCUCCUCACCUCCAUUUUCAUUCCCUUCCUCCUCAUCUUCCUCAUCAUCCUCAUCGUCUUCCUCUGUGUCUGAUCGAUGGCCACAAGAGAGACCCCGUCCACAGGGCAUAGGACCCAAUCGUAACGCUCGAAUCCCUCCAAGAACGGACCUCCCAUUGGACAAUCAGCCUGUGUUCGUGUGGCGAAGAGGCGCGCUGACAGAAUGCACUGCUACCUGUGGAAAAGGCUCUCAGUACAGAGAGAUUGUGUGUGUGAAUCGACACACAGACCAGGAAGUCCACGAGAGGAGGUGUGACUCCGCAACCAAACCUGCGCCGGAGGAGGAGCCGUGUAACGUUCAUCCCUGUCCACCAUUCUGGGAUAUGGGCGCUUGGUCCGAGUGCAGUGUUUCCUGCGGCUGGGGUGUGCAGCAGCGUCACAUACAGUGCAGGCAGAGUUUUGGGAAUCGCUCAACCAUGGUUCACCCUCAGCGCUGCGCCAGUCUCACCCGCCCCAACGCCACGCAGCCCUGCCACCCACGCGUCUGCUCGCACUGGGAGAUCAGCACCAACUGGAGCGUGUGCUCAGUGGAUUGUGGAGUGGGAAAGAGAACCCGGAGCGUGCGCUGUGUCAGUGACCAUGGCAACACUGUGAAUGAGAGGGAGUGCAGUGACAGGCUCCACCCACAGCACACAGAGGACUGUCACAUGGGUCCUUGUGUCACUAACUGGUACUUCACGGACUGGACAAACACUUGCUCUGCGACGUGCGGGCCGGGCGUCCAGCGGAGAGAGGUGGUGUGUUUGACCGGCGGAGGCACGAGAGAAGGAGACGGAGGAGUGGAGUGUGGGGAGGAGAAACCGGCUGAUAUGAAGGCCUGUAACGGGGGCCCCUGUACACCCACCCACCUCUGGUACACCGGACCCUGGAGGCAGUGUAACGCAGCGUGUGGAAACGGCACCCAGCGCAGGGACAUCAUCUGUGUGAGGAAGACCGGAAGUGACUUCACCGUGAGCGCCGCCAGUGAGUGCUCACACCUGGAGAAACCGUCUCCGGUGCAGCCGUGUGAACUGCAGCCCUGCAAACCGCAGUGGUUCACCACCGAGUGGAGCACGUGCUCUCGGUCCUGCGGUGAAGGGGUGCAGACGCGGGAGGUGCGGUGUCUCACUGCUGACAAACAGCACAACACAGCCUGCGAUCUGGACUCCAAACCUGCCCACGAGCGCUCCUGCAACACCAUACCCUGCAGUCCCUUCGAAGAUGAGAACUGUAAAGACAGACGACAUAACUGCGUAAUGGUGGUCCAGGCUCGACUCUGCGUCUACUCCUACUAUAAGACCGCCUGCUGUGCGUCCUGCACCCAGAGUGCUCAGCGGGCCAAAAGACAUUAACCCUGCACAAGCCACAGAGAAGUCAGGUUCAGAGAUUUACCACCAGAGCCCAAACUCAGCCAAUCAUAGUUCUAGCAGAAGAAACAGCCAAUCAGAGGCCAUUCAGGUUCAAAAGGAAUUUCAGGAGAAAAUUCCAACUUGAACUGAGCUGAGAUCAGGAUCCCUUUAAAGAAAGUUUUAAAAUGUUACUGCAUAUGGGCUCAUAGGCUCAAAUGAUUGACAGUAGCUCUCUCCCCAUUGAUGACGUGUGUUCAGUACACUAUACUGUCAAAUACUCCACCAUUCCUUAAAUCACCUUUAAACAAAUGCACUGAAGUUACAGGUCCACAUUCUGGACACGUGUAUGAAGAUAUUGCUAAGUGGGAACAAUUCUAGAAGUUGCCUUUGUGCUUUUGUCACACAUGAAGUGUUUCAUAACGGUUUACUUUAAUUGCAAGUAAGUGGAUACAGAAUCUGGUAUUUGAACUAAUAUUCUGCUAUGAUAAAACACGCAGAUAAAGCAUCAGUUACACACCUAAUGUGCGUCCUUCACUCCUAAGUAUGUUGCAUUAGCACUAAAGACGUACUGUUUUUGUUAGUAAGUAAAAAACGAAAGAUUUUACCAUUAAAAUUACAUACUUAUUGCAUAAAACUUCUGAGCAGCGAUAUAUUUUUACGUAAACAUUGAUUCUCCGCUCAAAAACAGUGCCUUUGGCCUUGUCUCAGUCCUCUAAAUGGUCCUUAAGAUAUCAGUACUUCAGCAAGGACAUAAAUAUUCCAGCAUAAGUGCUCAUGACUGUCUAAAUAUAGCACACUUGGUGCUGACAGUCAGUCCCACAGAUCAUAUCUGAGUGCAGUGUGAACAGAAAUCUGCAAAUCUACUAUGAAUCUAGUUCAUCAUUAAGCUAUAAAGAGAAGAUGAACAUCAUGAUCUGCUCUUUUUAUUUGAUUCAGUCUAUAUUUCUUUAGGUCGGUUUUGUCUGAAUGUACAUCAGUCCUUUUAGUGUUUCAUGUUUUUGUCAUUUUUUGUGUGACAUGUU